AUGAAACACGUAGAUAGAUGCCUUGGUUCUAAUUCUUUUAUCUCUUACUAUUAUUACAUUACAUAUAUCUUCUUUCCGGGAGGAAAGCGAACAAGUAAUUAUCCGUCGGAGAAGAACAGCGGAACGAAAGAGAUAACAACCAGAGAGAGAGAGAGAGAUUGUAUAGGCGGGGUGGGAGGGAGGUUUUGCAAUCAAUCAAUCUAUCUAUCUAUAUAUCAAUUUGGUCUCUCGGAGAGAGAAUGGUGUAUUUAUCUCUCCUCUCUCCUCCUCUCUCUCCUCGACUCUCUCCCGUUGGUCCACCAAUCACGACUUGUUCUUCUUCCCCCUGUUGGCAUCAACCACUCACUAUAUUCAAUCACCGCCAAUUCCAUUCCCCAAUCCAUUUCAAUUUUACCUUGAACAAACCCCUCUCUUCUUCUUUUCCGUGUAAUUGCAGCAAUGAGCAACAACUAUCCCACGAUAGCGAUGACGAUGACGAAGAUGGACAAGGAGUGGUGGAGUAUGUUGCCGACACCGCCAACACGUGGAAUUCCCGCUUGCCUGACCGCUGGGAUGUGUUAGGUCUCGGCCAAGCUAUGGUAGAUUUUUCUGGCAUGGUUGAUGAUGAAUUUUUGGAGAGACUGGGGAUUGAGAAGGGUACUAGAAAGCUCGUUAAUCAUGAAGAGAGAGGAAGGGUAUUGCGUGCAAUGGAUGGAUGCAGCUAUAAAGCUGCAGCUGGUGGAUCUCUUUCUAACAGCCUAGUCGCGUUGGCCAGGCUUGGUGGUCAACCAAUUGGGGGGCCUCCUUUGAAUGUAGCCAUGGCAGGCAGUGUUGGAAGCGACCCACUUGGUGGAUUUUACAGAACAAAACUGCGUCGGGCAAAUGUAAAUUUUCUGUCUGAAGCAGUUAAAGAUGGCACAACAGGGACGGUUAUAGUUCUUACAACUCCUGAUGCUCAGCGGACAAUGCUUGCAUAUCAGGGGACAUCUUCAAGGAUUGAUUACGAUCCCUGCUUGGCUAGCAUAAUUUCCAAAACAAAUAUAUUAGUAGUUGAAGGAUAUCUAUUCGAACUUCCUGACACGAUUAAGACAAUUACCAAAGCAUGUGAACUUGCUCGGAGAAGUGGUGUGAUUGUUGCUGUCACAGCAUCAGAUGUCUCCUGCAUUGAGAGACAUUAUGAUAAUUUCUGGGAAAUCAUUGAAAAUUAUGCGGAUAUCGUCUUCACAAAUAGUGAUGAAGCAAGGGCUUUGUGUCAUUUCUCCUCGGAGGAAAGCCCUAUAACUUCGACGAGAUACCUUAGUCACUUUAUCCCACUAGUAUCCGUUACAGAUGGUCCAAGAGGUUCUUACAUUGGUGUAAAAGGGGAAGCUGUAUGUAUACCUCCUUAUUCUCCAUGCGUGCCAGUGGAUACUUGUGGUGCUGGUGAUGCAUAUGCUUCAGGUAUCCUAUAUGGUAUAUUACGUGGUUUGUCAGAUGUAAAAGGCAUGGGAACUCUAGCGGCUAGGGUCGCCUCUGUAGUUGUUGGACAGCAGGGAACCCGUCUGAGGGUUCAAGAUGCUGUGCGGUUAGCUGAAUCAUUUUCACUACAUACUGAUGGUACGUCGGUUUUGACAGAUGUAAAUUCUGAUCAAAUCUCUAAUAGCUUGUAACAUAAUGUGAUACAGUAGUUGAUUUAAGCCAUUGUUUCAUCAGACUAGUUUGUUUGUUCUCCUCGGAUUUCAGACAUUCUAUUUUAAUAAUUUUGCAUUUA